AUGGAAACAGAAAAGUUGAAUCUUGAUAAUAUCAUCGCUCGUUUGCUCGAAGGUUAGUUCUUAUUAUUAUCAAUAUUUUAUGUUUAGAAUUUUAAACGAUGUUUUGAAACUAUAUCCAGCUUGAAAUACAGUUAAAUCCUUGUAUUUAGAAUAAUUUUUCUAUUAUUUUGCCGGAUGACUCAUACCUAAAUUUUUUCUUGAAUGAUGAUAAACCAUUUUAACUUUUCAGUUCGAGGAUCCAAACCAGGAAAGAAUGUUCAAUUGACAGAAAGCGAAAUUAAAGGAUUGUGCCAGAAAUCGCGCGAGAUUUUUCUCAGUCAACCAAUAUUGUUAGAACUCGAAGCACCUUUGAAAAUCUGCGGUAAUUGUUUUUUUUUAUCUUGAAAGAACAUAUUUUAUUCACCGGUGAUGAUACUUCUACCAUAUCAGACGAGUCUAUUUUUGUGAUCUAUUCGAGUUUUUCGAAGAAAUCACUAUUAUCAGGGUGAAAUUGAGGCAUUUGUCUGAGGUGUUAAAUUAUUAAGAGUUAAAUAUUACAUUUUGGUUUCGCAAAGUUUAUGAUGUUUUUUUUCAGGAGAUGUUCAUGGACAAUACUACGAUUUACUCAGAUUGUUCGAAUAUGGAGGAUUCCCACCAGAAUCAAAUUAUCUUUUCUUGGGAGAUUAUGUUGAUAGAGGAAAGCAGUCGCUCGAGACUAUCUGCCUUUUAUUGGCCUACAAAAUCAAGUAUCCAGAAAACUUCUUCUUGCUCCGUGGAAACCACGAAUGUGCAUCAAUCAAUAGAAUCUAUGGAUUUUAUGAUGAAUGCAAAAGAAGGUACAAUAUCAAAUUGUGGAAAACAUUCACUGAUUGUUUCAACUGUCUACCAGUAGCCGCUAUUAUUGAUGAGAAAAUUUUCUGCUGUCACGGUGGAUUAUCGCCAGAUCUACAAUCGAUGGAACAAAUUCGUCGCAUCAUGCGUCCAACUGAUGUUCCUGAUCAAGGAUUACUUUGCGAUUUGUUAUGGUCGGAUCCAGACAAAGAUGUCACAGGAUGGGGUGAAAAUGACAGAGGUGUUUCAUUCACAUUCGGACCAGAAGUUGUUGCCAAAUUUUUGCACAAACAUGAUUUGGAUUUGAUCUGUCGAGCACAUCAAGUGAGUAUUUCGGAUAUUUUCUGGUUUUCUGUUGAAACUAAUGAAUAUAUUUCAGGUAGUAGAAGAUGGUUAUGAAUUCUUCGCCAAACGCCAGCUCGUCACAUUAUUUAGUGCACCAAACUAUUGCGGUGAAUUCGAUAAUGCCGGAUCAAUGAUGACAGUUGAUGAAACACUAAUGUGCUCAUUCCAGGUAUGAAUUUAGAGAGAGAAUAGACUUUUCAUGAAGUAGUUUUAAGAUUAUUUUAUAAUACAAACUGGGACACAUAUUAUUCUAUUGACCUAUUGACAAGAAACUAAAAAAAUGAAAUUAUUACAGAUUCUGAAACCUGCUGACAAAAAGAAGUUCCCAUACAGUGGUGGAGUAGGAUCAAAUCGACCUGUAACACCUCCACGAUCAGCACCAGCUGCACAAUCGAAAAAAGGAGGCAAGAAGUAG